ACCGUGUUUGUUCUGGAUUCGGGGAGAGAGGAAGGUCUGCGCGCGCUCACUGACAGCUAGGUGAAGAAGUGAGGAGGAUGACUGCUCCACCUCUGGCUGCUCACUCCAGCCUCCUCAAGCUCCUCCCCUGCUGACUCCCCACCACCACCGCCACCGCCACCACCUCCUCCUCUUUGCCCCGCCCACCCCUCUCCCAGCUCGGCCAAUCGGCAGCAUGGGGGACGGCCUGGAGCCCCGCAAGUGUCCAAUCCCCAUGCCGGUGCUGGAGACCAGCCACCCGUCCCGCCCCCCCAGGCAGACCAACCAGCUGCAGUACCUGCUGAAAGUGGUGCACAAGACGCUGUGGAAGCACCAGUUCGCAUGGCCCUUCCAGGCACCCGUAGACGCCGAGAAGCUCAACAUUCCGGACUACUACAAGAUCAUCAAGAGCCCCAUGGACAUGGGUACUAUCAAGAAGAGGCUGGAGAACGGCUACUACUACAAUGCCCAGGAGUGCAUACAGGACUUCAACACCAUGUUCACCAACUGCUACAUCUACAACAAGCCCGGUGACGACAUCGUGCUGAUGGCGGAGGCUCUGGAGAAGGCCUUCCUGCAGAAGAUCUCCGACAUGCCCCAGGAGGAGGUGGAGAUCGCCGUGGCCAAACAGAACCGCGGGCGCAAGAGGGACCCAGGUCCCCCUGCGUUGCCGCUGGGUCCCUCCAUGCCCCCCACUCUGCAGGCCCCUCCACCCAUGGCCCCUACGUUGGCCCCUGCUCCCCUGCUGCCCCCCUCCCUGGGGCCCCCCAGCCACCUCUCCAGCAUGCCCUCCUCCAACCACCACUCCAGCAUGCCCCCCAACCUCGGCCCCCCAGGCAUGAUCUCCACCAUGGCCCCCACACUGGGGCCCCCGGGCAUCAUCUCGACCAUGGCCCCCACUCUGGGACCCCCAGGUAUGCUGUCCAGCAUGGCUCCGUCGCUGGGGCCCUCCAUGCUGCCUGCCCUGGAGCCGGCCUACCAGAUGGGGGCGCUGGAGUGCCUGACGCAGGGCCUGACCUCCGUCAACCCCCCGCUGCUCACCGCCAUGCCCCCCACCGCACCCCUAACCAAGCAGAGGAAGAGUCAGAAGCGCAAGGCUGACACCACCACCCCCACGGCCAACGACCAGCUGAGCGAGUCGUCUCCCGCGGCCACCGAGCCCCGCCCCCCGCGCCGCGAGAGCAGCCGGCCCAAGCAGACGCGCCAGGACGCCCCCGACUCCCAAGGCCAGGGCAUCAACAUCAACCCGCACACACCACGGCCCACCAAGCUGAGUCCCCGGCGUAGCAGGCAGCUGCGCUACUGCCGUGGCGUGGUGCGCGAGAUGCAUGCUAAGAAGCACGCCUUGUACGCCUGGCCCUUCUACCAGCCCGUAGACGCCCACGCCCUGGGACUACAUGACUACCACGACAUCAUCAAACACCCCAUGGACCUGGGAACCAUCAAGGUGAAGCUGGACAGCUGGCAGUAUUCAGAUGCUCAAGACUUUGCCGCCGACGUUCGCCUGAUGUUCUCCAACUGCUACAAGUACAACCCUCCAGACCACGACGUGGUGGCUAUGGCUCGCAAGCUACAGGAUGUGUUUGAGAUGCGCUUCGCCAAGAUGCCUGACGAGCCUAUGGCCAUGGCACUUCCUGCUCUAGUGCCCGCCCCCACCAUGAUGUCACAGCAUCAGCAGGCCCCGCCCCCGCCCAUAUCCUUCAGCCAAUCCGAGUCGGAGUCCGAGUCGGAGACGUCGGAGGACCACUCGGACCACGAGAGGGCCAAUAGGCUCGCAGAGCUCCAGGAACAGCAACUCCACAAAGUUUCAUCCAAAUCCGUUCAUAACUUUUUGAGUUAUCCUGCUGACAAUCAGACAGACAGACAGACAAACCAACGUGACCGAAAACAUAACCUCCUUGGCGGAGGUCAUAGUAGAACGUCUUCGCUGGGGACGAGAAGGGAGGAGCCCUCUCCUUCGCACCCUCAAGACAAGAAAGAACAACUGGUGUUGGGUCUUCAAUUGCAGCUGAAGGCGGUGCACGAGCAGCUGGCGGCGCUGUCCCAGCAGCAGCCCAACAAGCCCAAGAAGCGCGAGAAGGAGAAGGAGAAGAAGAAGAAGGACAAGCACAAGAAGAGGGGCAGCAGCAGCAGCACGCCGCCCGCCCCCCCUCGACACCACGAGCCGCCCUCAUUGGCCGACGCCUUCUAUGCCGACGCCCAGCCCCCCACCCUCCAUCCAAUCAGGAAGAGCAAGGGCAGCAGCAGCAGCGGAAGCAAGGAGGCGGCCCAGCCCAACAAGCCCAAGAAGUCAGGUAAAAAGGACCUGCUCCUCCAGCAGCAUCUGAAGGCCGGACGCUCCUCAGCCCCUUCUGUUCCCGCCCCCUCCUCCUCCUCAUUGGCUCCCUCCGCCUCCCUACUCCAAUCAGACGACUCGGAUGAAGACGACGACAAGGACGGCAUCGUGACCGGGGUCACUGAGCGUGCGUCCACCGGCAGCCCC